AUGGGUGUCCCGAAAUUUUUCAGAUGGCUCUCAGAGCGAUACCCUCCGAUCUCCCAGCUCAUCGCCGAGAACAGAAUACCCGAGUUUGACUGCUUAUAUCUCGACAUGAACGGCAUCAUCCACAACUGUACGCACAAGGAUGCGGGCGAAGACACGACCUUUCGACUGAGCGAAGAGGAGAUGUUUAUCCGAAUCUUCAAUUACAUUGAGCAUUUGUUUGGCAAGAUUAAGCCGAAACAGCUCUUCUUCAUGGCCAUUGAUGGCGUCGCUCCCCGCGCCAAGAUGAACCAGCAGCGAGCGCGCCGUUUCAGAACUGCCCUGGAUAACGAGAAGGCCCGUGAAAAGGCCAUCAAGGAUGGUGUGGAGAUGCCAAAGGAGGAACCCUUUGAUAGCAACUGCAUCACCCCAGGCACCGAGUUCAUGGCGAAGCUGUCGCUACAAUUGCGGUAUUUUGUCAACAAGAAAGUGUCGGAAGACUCUGACUGGCAAGGUUGUGAGGUCGUUCUUUCCGGCCAUGAGGUCCCCGGCGAGGGAGAGCACAAGAUCAUGGAAUACAUUCGAAACGCCAAGGCGCAACCAAACUACAAUCCCAACGUACGACACUGCCUGUACGGGCUCGACGCCGAUCUCAUCAUGCUGGGCCUUCUCAGCCACGACCCUCAUUUCUGCCUUUUGCGUGAAGAGGUCACGUUCGGCCGUGCUUCCAAGGCCAAGUCCAAGGAGCUCGAGCAUCAAAACUUUUACCUCCUUCACCUCUGCAUGGUGCGCGAGUACCUUGAAAUGGAGUUCCAGGAGUUGGAAAAGCAAGGCUUGUUGAGCUUUCCUUUCGACCUUGAGAGGGUCAUCGACGACUUCAUUCUCAUGGCGUUCUUUGUUGGAAAUGAUUUCCUGCCGAAUCUCCCAGGCCUUCACAUCAACGAAGGCGCCCUGGCAAACAUGUUUGUGACCUAUAAGAAGGUGUUGCCGACAUGCGAAGGGUACAUCAACGAGAAUGGCGUCAUCAAUAUGUCGCGUUUGCAGCGCCUCCUUGACGAGCUCAGCAAGCUUGAGCUCGUCUCGUUUGAGAACGAUGUUGCUGACGAGAAGUGGUUUGCAGCGAAGCAGAUGGAGAAGAAGCUCGAGGGCAGAAACGGCGCGGCAUCGAAGUCAUCUAAGAAUGGCCAGCUCAUCAUCACUUCCUCUCAGCGCGACUUGUGGAAGCAAAAGAUUCGUCCCUACGUGUCCAAACGCUCCGACGAGCCCCUGGAUCUUGGUUCAAAUCUCAAGGCUGCCGAUCGCAAGUUUGUGCAGGACCUUGCCGACGCCAUGCAUCUGAACUGGUCCACCAAGGAAGACGAGAACGCGGACCGACAUCUGAUCUUGGCCUUCCCCGCCCGCCCAGACGGCGAUGAUGAUGACGAGGAGGAAGAAGGCAACUUGGCUGCAUAUCGCGUGAUGAAGAUUUACGACAAGGCCGCCGUGGUGGACAUGACUGCCGAGGAUGCGCAGAAGCAAUAUGAGCAGCUCUACCAGGACAAGUACCAGGGCUGGAAGACGAAGUAUUACCUGCAGAAAUUCCCCGAAUGGCCCGCCGAAAAGUACGCCGUCGAGCAGAAGGCGCUUUGCGAGAACUAUGUCCAGGGCUUGCAAUGGGUGCUCUUCUACUACUACAAGGGUAUUGCGUCGUGGCCCUGGUUCUACGGAUAUCACUACGCCCCCCUCAUCUCCGAUGUCACCAAGGGCCUCGGGGCUGAUCUCAACUUCAAGAAGGGGCAGCCUUUCAAGCCGUACGAACAGCUCAUGGGUGUCUUGCCCGACAGGAGCAAGAAGAUUGUGCCCAAGAUCUACCACGAUUUGAUGACAAACCCCAACUCUCCCAUCAUCGACUUUUACCCGAGGGACUUCGAACUUGACAUGAACGGGAAGAAGAUGGACUGGGAGGCCGUCGUGAAAAUCCCAUUCAUCGAUGAGAAGCGCCUGCUGGAUGCCAUGGCACCUAAGAACGAUCUUCUGGAGGACGACGAAAAGGCGCGCAACGGUUUUGGAGUGCCCAUCAAGUUCACUUACUCAUCCGAUGUCAACUUCACGUACCCGUCCUCGCUCCCGGGCAUAUUCCCCGAGAUCCAGAACUGCCGCUGCAUCGAGAACAUAUUCGACCUCCCCGACGUCGAAGGACUCGAGUACCUUUCUGGCCUCACGAGUGGCGCGCUGCUCAACGUGUCGGCUCUCGCUGGCUUCCCGACGCUGCACACCCUCCCUUAUACUGCCCAGCUUGUUGAGGGCUAUGGUGUUAAUGUCUUUCAGUCUGAAAGCAAGAACCCCAGCGUCGUUGUCACCCUGACAGACACGAAGAUGCGGACCAGCAUCGAGGCCUGGAAGGCCAAACUCGGUCAGAAAUGCUACGUUGGCUAUCCUUUCCUUCAGGAAGCCAAGGUGAUGAGAGUCCAAGACGAGCUCUUCAGCUACGAGCUCGCUGAGGACGGCAAGCAAAUCAUCACUAAAGACCACUCCAACAGAGAAGCGUCCGAGUUUGCCAGGGAAGCCGAGUACAUCGAGGGUUGGUACGGAAAGCGUUUGGGCGUGACCAUCGGGCAAGUGGAAUGCCUUGUCUACGUGCACAUGCUCAAGGGCCUGAUCAAGACCGAGGAGGGUGCUCUGAUUAAAGAGUACGCCGAAAACCCUAGCUUGCGAAGCAUAUACGCAUCUCAAACCAUCGUGGACGAGGUCGUCAACGAAGACGAGCGAUUCAUCGAAAAGGAGGCGCUGCCUAUUGAGGAGGAGUUCCCAAUCGGCACCCGGGCGUUUUUCCUAGGAGAGUAUGCCUACGGGCGUCCGCUCGAAAUCACUGGCCACGUCGGCGGCAAGACUGAGGUUGUUGUCUCGAUUCCGAAGACGAAGGAACCAGAGUUCGCCAAGGCUAUGAUCCAUCAGGCUGAACGAAACAACCCAUACACGCCGUCUUUUGCUGUCGCUAAGCAGCUCGGGGUGCACCCCCUUGUGCUCAGCAAGAUUACAUCAUCUUACCAGAUUCUCAGUUCGGCUGGCCUGAAGCUCAACCUGGGCUUGAACCUGAAGUUUGAGGGCCGAAAGCUCAAAGUGCUUGGCUAUUCUCGCAAGUCCCGCACGGGAUGGGAAUUCAGUGCUGCGGCUAUCAAGCUGAUUGCCGACUACAUGGUGGCGUUCCCCGACUUCUUCGCAGCAAUCCAGCGAGAGCCUCAAAAGAGUGAGAUCACCGACACCGACUUGUGGAAGGACUCGACUGUCGCCUCGCAGCGGGUUAAGGACAUCGUCGCCUGGCUCAAGAAGCAGGAGACCAGCAAGUUCGAGCGGGUGCCCCUUGAAGCCGAGCAGCUCGAUUCUGAUGUGGUCAUGGCACUUGCCGAUGCCGGCGAGCGGAUUUUCCAGGCAACGCAGGACAUCGACAUCCGGAAGAUGAAGGGCGUCCCUCGCGCGGCAAUUCUGAAGCCAUCCGAUGCGGAGCUGGUCCUUGGAAACCAGAGCUUCCAACUUGGCGACCGGGUGACGUUUGCAAACGCUGCAGGUAAGGUUCCCAUCGCCACAAGAGGCACCGUCGUUGGCAUCAGCCGAACUGCCACGGCGCUGCUUCUGGACGUCCUGUGGGACACAUCCUUCAUGAGUGGCACCACUCUUGGUGACAGAGCGCCCAUGUUCCGUGGCCAGACAGUCGCGUCAUCUUCCGUUCUCAACACUUCGGACAAGCAGGUCGUCUCUGCGUCCAGCAGGUCGCAACAGCGACGGGCUGCGCCUAACCCGACGACUGGAACAUACGGCUCAAUUGGCAUAACCCAGCUCAAAGACGCCCCCACACCGCCUCCCCUGCGAGGCGGUUGGCGUGGCGCGAUGAACCCUGAUAGGAACUCACCGGCACGUCGCGGCAGCCCGAAUCCUCGCGGCGGUGGCGCCCCCAACUUGCUGCAUAGCACUCUCGUCUACCGUGGCGGCCCUAACGGUACCCAGUCCCCAGGUCAGAAUGCAAGCGGGCAAGGUCGCGGAGGCAACCAGAACGGCAGAGCGGGCGGUGGCGGCGGUGGGCGUGGGCGGGGUCGAGGCAACUUUGAGGGAGCUCAAGCACCCUCGAGUGGUGAAGAAGCUCCCAAAUACGGCAAUGUGCCUCCGCCCGCGAGCCUCGACAACACCCGUGGCGGCCGCGGCCGCGGCCGAGGUGGUAGGGGACGCAAUGGCCCCAAUCGGGGCCGUGGCGGCAAUGCGAGAGGAGGCAGUGCAGCCCAGGCCCAGUGA